AUGUUCGAGAACAAAGAUGCCAACUCGAUCAGAUCGAUCCAGAUAAGACUUCAAUGUUGUGGACUGAACUCGGUGCAUGAUCGAGCUUGGCCAUUUCCGAGUCGAGGCGUCGACGCUCGUGCUUGCGAACGGAACCAAGGCUAUACAGUGGCUUGUGGCAAUAUGUGGCGACAGGAGGAGUCUCUUGCAGCGACUUUGACUGCUAUUGCAAGCUUUUUGAACUGGUUGAUGAUGACACUAAUCGUUUCUGCAAGUUCUGAGAGCGAAGGACAGAUCCGACUUCCAGAGUGGUCUUCGAGCAGACCCACUCACCUGAUCGAGGCAGGCGAAGGCCAUGAAGAGUCUAGCCAUCAGUGCAGGACGACAACUGGGGUAGAAUCAGAAGAGGAGAGGAUCUGGAACCAGGAGACACAAAACGGUUGUUAG